UUGUCCUCAGCAUUUGCUCUCGCCUACAUUCACUACAGAUAUGUGUCUAACCUUUUUGAGAAUGAUCGUAACUUCUCUCACCUCUCGGAUCUUGAGCGGGAGAUGUCUCUACGUACGGAAAUGGGGUUCUACUACUCCUACUACAAAACAAUUGUGGAAGAGCGUCCAUUUAUUGCUGGUAUAUCAAAGCUCAUGUAUGACCGACUGGUGGAAUAUCCAAAAGAGGUGAACGCAUUCAACAGAUUCAACAUACAUCCUGAAGUCAUAAUCGGUGCAGUGUACCGCUACUUCGAACCCUGGCUGAACACAACCACCUACCGCGAGUGCCACAUGGUGGAACGCGACGCCUAUCACUCCCCCGUACAAAGCUGCGUGGGUAUAGGUCAACCUAUACUGUUCUAUUUGGAAGCUGUCUGGUGGCUGGCUGGAUUGACAGUGGCCGCGCUUUUCUUACACGCCGUGACCCUCAGCGAAAGCAUCUUCGGUGGUAUACUAGCAGUGCUUCAAUACUUCGCGAACCACACGGAAUGCACCCGCGUACAAUGGGCCCCCAAUGAAAGGGAGAACCUAGCGCUGCCAUUGCUGUUGCUUCAAGGCUGGCUUCUGACUCUGCAGUUGAGGGUCAAAGAGAGAAGCAACGCCUUACAAUUACAGAUCUCAAUAUUCUUCAUCAACUGUCUCUGCCUGCUUUUCUGGCAGUUCACCCAAUUCAUUUUUCUCACACAACUGGCGAUUUACUUCGUAAUGGAGCAGCUUCGCAUCAUUGACGUAAAAACCCUCUCCAUCUUCCUUCACUCCCACUUUUGCGGCUUGCACAUGGCUGUCUUACUAUUGCAAGGAAAUGAUAUGCUAAAAUCGUCCUUAUACACUUCUUUCUUUCUUGUUUUGUCAGCAUAUUGCAUGUUCUUCAGUUCGUUACGCGUUAAGGUCAAUAAUCGCGUGGACUUGCUAGUCGAGUCGUGGCUGGUUUUACUUAGAGUGUGCAUAGUGAUAUGUACGUCGUUCUAUUUAAAGAAACUUAUUAGCGAUUUCUUAGAAGUUCAAGAGGAUUCCCAUGUGUGGGAUAUUCUAUAUUCCAAGUUCACAGAUUACAAAUCAUUCCACACGUUAAUAUAUACCUGUUCGAAAGUUUUCGACUUCUUACCUUGGAGUAGUGUUAUUAAUAUGUGCGUUUCUUUCCUUAUUCCAAUGGUCCUUAUAAAUAUAUAUAGCGUACUUGUUACGUCAUUAACACACGCUGCUGAAGAGUGCACUAAAAAGAUAGAUAAAAAAAUUAGUUCAAUAGAAAGAGACAAAGCAUCUGAAGUUAACGAGGAGACGGACGAUAGUGGUAUAGAGAACAGCACAGAAACUAAAGUGAGGAAGCGGAAACAAAGUCUACCAAAGGAUUUGGACGUUAUUGAUAAAGAAAUAAAGGAGAAAAUAGAGAAGCAAGAUCAGUUAGAGGAGACAAAGGAUAUACUGAUAUUUCUUUUAAGGAACUUGCAGUUAGAACCGGCGGUUUUCUACAACAUAGCACAGAUGGUGGCGUUUGGCAUAAUGGCUGUAUUAGUCAUGAGGUUAAAGCUAUUGUUCGCGACGCAGCUGUGCCUGCUGUCAUCUUUGAUGUUGAAUAAGAAUCAUUACAUCAUUCCAAAAGGCGUAUCGAAGUAUAUUCCGCUGCUCUGGCUUCUCAUUUUAGCGCCGAUCGUGCGCGUCCUGAUGUACAGGGUGUCGCAAGAGAUGUCACAUAUAGGUGAAUUCAGUGACUACCCACAAGAGGAGUUAUUAGAGUGGAUAGUUCGCGAAGCGGGGAGUGGUGCGUUUGCGGGUUCGAUGCCGGUGCUGGCCACCGUUAUGCUUUGUACGCGAAAGCCCAUUGUAGCCCAUCCUCACUACGAGCAUUUGGAGGCCAGGCAACGUGCCUACUCCGUAUACAAAGUGUACGGAAGAUUCACAGCGGAGGAGUUGUAUGAGGAGUUGACCAAGCUGAAGGCCACGUACCUAAUAGUGGAGACGAAAUAUUGCUAUGGGAGGAGCAACAACGGUUGCUCUUUCGGCGAGAUCUGGGACAUCGAGGCCCCCGCGACGGUCAGUCGACCCCAGCUGUGCCACACGCUGCUCACAGAGUCCGUGGACCAUUUCUAUCCCGUGUUCAGAAAUCAGUUGUAUACCGUGUUCCGGAUACACGACUUCAGCGUUCGGUAUAUGCCGCGAAGCUUCGACACCUGA